UCCUCCGCGCGCGCUCUCAUCUCUGCGCUCCAGCGUGCAGGCAGUGACUGCUGCUGUCUCGCGGCUUUUGGAGAGCUUGCACGCGCGCUGUAUGGAUGCUGAAUCUCUGGCGCUGCUGUAAACGCGACACGGAAGCAACAUGUCGAACAAUCCUCACGACCCGUUCUACUCGUCCCCGUUCGGACCCUUCUACCGGAGACACUCGCCGUACAUGGUGCAACCUGAGUACCGGAUCUAUGAGAUGAACAAGCGACUCCAGUCCCGGACUGAGGAGAGUGACAGUCUGUGGUGGGACGCAUUUGCUACAGAGUUUUUUGAGGAGGACGCCACAUUGACGCUUUCAUUUUGCCUUGAGGAUGGACCAAAAAGAUACACGAUCGGACGAACGCUUAUCCCUCGUUACUUCAGCACGGUGUUUGAGGGAGGUGUGUCAGACCUUUAUUACAUCCUAAAACACUCCAAAGAGUCUUUCCACAACUCCUGCAUCACUGUGGACUGCGACCAGUGUACCAUGGUCACGCAGCACGGCAAGCCAAUGUUCACCAAGGUGUGUACAGAGGGCCGAUUGAUUUUGGAGUUUGCCUUUGACGAUCUGAUGAGGAUUAAAACGUGGCACUUCAACAUCAGACAAUAUCGAGAACUCAUCCCAAGAAGCAUUCUCGCCAUGCACCUGGACAUCCACAGAACUUCAAAACGGAAAUUUUCCCCACAAAUCACAAAAAAGAACCCACUCGACAGACCACAACCAAGAGAAGAAAAAGAAAGAACUCAGCCAGCAGUGCGUCUAACAGUAGCCUAGGCAACAGUGCUGGUGGAAAGAAACGCAGCCCUGCCAACAACUUUACUCUGACCAGCCAGGUACCUGAUGUGAUGGUGGUGGGUGAGCCCACCCUAAUGGGUGGCGAGUUUGGCGAUGAGGACGAGCGCCUGAUCACCCGGCUAGAAAACACACAAUACGACGCCACAAAUGGCCUCGACGAUGAUGAUGACUUUACGAGCUCGCCGGCGCUUGGAAACAACAGCCCGUGGAACAGCAAGCCACCUACUGGACAGGACAGCAAGCCAGAGAGCACAGCCUCUCAGCCAUCUCAAUAGAAACCACCACCAGGGCGGCGCUCUCUCUAUCUGACCUCACUUUAUACCCCGUAUGAUGUACAUCUCACGUCAUGGUGUUAACGAUUCACCAUUUUUCUGACUAUUCUGCUUCAUUUUCUGGAUGACAUUUAAGAAAACUGACCAAAUUUUGGCCGCAAUAUUUCCCCAUUGGAUACUUUUGAAAUCAUCUGGUUAGGUUAAAAAGCAGCUGCAGAAAUGUGACUCUUGGAUGAACCUGAAUUUAUCGAAUGAGAAAUCUGCAUUAACAGGUGAGACCUGAAGCCAAUGUAAAAUGUAAAAAGCUAUCGUCCGUCUCGCAGUUAAGCACACAUCUCCAUAGUGACUCCAGAUGGUAACCACAGCCAAUGGCUGAAGAGAUGGUCAUGCUCAUUGUCUUUUCACUGGAGACUGGAACUGCAAAGGCAUCCACUGAGACCAAUCCCUGAACAUUUGCAUUUUUAUUGGAAAUUCGUUUGUCUAUUGUCUUUUCCCUCUGCUUUCAAUUAAAAGUGAACCACAAUGCGUUCCAUCAACUCAACAGACUGUAUUAACUAUAAAGACAGCUUUGGUCUCUGGUUUGAAAAGCGUUGCGUGUUGCCAUUUACAGAUUGAACUUUCUACAAAUAUCCCUACAUUUCGUUUCUCAGUCAAUUUUGUGUUGUUAUUUUAUUAAUUUGUGUUCUCCUUGCACUGUAACUCAGAGAUUAGGAGUUGACAGACAGACGCAUACUGUAUGAAAACAUUUGUCCAAAUGUAUGCCUCUGUUCCUUAUAAUGGCUUAUUUUCAUACUGGAAUAAUAUAUGUUUCUGCAUGGCAUUUUAAAAUCGGUGAUGAUGUUUGUUUUUUUUUACUCUAGGCCAUGUUCUGCUUUGUUUAUUGGUUUGGGAGCACAGUAAACAGGGUUACUUGACUUUAGGAAAGAAAUGCAGUCCAUCUGAUGUUAUUAAUGUUCUCAGACCUUGAUUUAAACUGCCGCGUAAUCGACUUUCCCCCCCAAAUAAUGGAUUUCAUGCUCAGGAAUGAACCUCAUACUGAGAAAGUUGUGAACAGGUUAUUGUUAAAUCACAUCCCAAAUAUAGUGUUUGAGCGGGUUUAUUUGAAAAACAUUAAUUUAAUCUAGCGUCACACUACUUUUAACAUGAAAUAUGAAAACUGCCUUUUUAAUAUCAAAUUUUAAAUUUGUUUUCAUAUAUGGUAAAUGUGGUAUUUUAAUUAAUUGGACUUGCAAUAAGUCCCUUUAAGAGUUUAUGCUUUAAUGAUGGAAAAAGGAUUGUAAUGAUAAUUUUGACAGCCAAAUGUGUUUUUAUUGUUUGGUUUCUUCAUGUUUCUGUACUUUAUCAUUACAAAAUAUAUUUCAUGAAUAUUAUCUCCAAAAACCAACAAAAUGAAAGGAGACACAAUCUCAGUCACCUGCUGUAUGAAUCUUGUAUUACUGGAACUCUGCACAGUUUGUAAUAUAUUUAGCAGAGGUGUUUUUUGUGUCAUACCCAAAGUCUUGUAUGUAUGCUUUGCCAUUUUAUGUGCCAAUAAAUUGUGCUUACACAACCUUUGCCUUAA